AUGGUUUCCAUCUUAAAGCCAUGUGUUUCUAUUCAUAAGAACUCUCUCAUAGUUCGACUCCACAAAGUUAGUCCAAGCGACAUAUCAAAAAAAGAUGAGGUUGCUAUACUAGAACAAGUGCGUCGAAUGCUUAGGAUUUCCCAUAAAGAUGAAGAAAAUGUAAAAGAGUAUCAUACAAAGCUCUUCCAGCUCAAGGACAAGGACAACGACGACCAUUACAAAGUCGGUUCUGGUAGAAUGUUUCGUUCUCCUUCUCUCUUUGAAGACCUUGUCAAAUGCCUUCUGUUAUGUAACUGCAAGUGGUCGAAUUCAUUGAAAAUGGCUCAAGCUCUUUGUGAGCUUCAAUUUGAGCCAAGCAGCAAUGCUUCGAUGAGAUCAAACGGACAAAAGAGGCAGAGAGAAGAAUUAAAGAUUGAUCGAAGUGAUAGUGAUGGUAAAGAAAAAUUAGGUAAUUUUCCAAGCUCACGGGAACUUGCUAGAUUGGAUGGGAAGACUUUAAAAAAGCUUACCAAUAAUAUUCUUGGCUACCGGGCAAAAUACAUUCUAAGUCUUGCUAAAGGUGUGGAGAGUGGAAAGAUAAGACUUGCUGAAUUUGAAGGGCUUGAGGAGAAAGAUGAUGUGUUUCAGAAAUUCAUGCAAAUAAAAGGUUUUGGUUCCUUUGCAUGCGCCAAUGCUAUGAUGUGCAUUGGAUAUUAUCACAAAGUUCCAGUAGAUACUGAAACUAUAAGGCAUUUGCAGCAGGUUCAUGGGAGGAAAAAUUGCAACAAAAAUACUGUCAUGGAAGAUGUGGAAGAAAUCUAUAAGAAGUAUGCCCCAUUUCAGUGCUUGGCAUAUUGGUCGGAGCUCUUGGACUCGUAUGAAUGCAAAUUUGGGAAGCUUAGUGAAUUACCGGACUCUGCCUAUCAUACAAUAAGUGGGAGGCUUGAAACUUUUGACACCAUUUGA